UAUGAAUCAAUAUUCAGAACAUUAUGAAAUCAGCGAACUCAUUUUCACGCAAACUGGCCCUGGCGAGAGGGCCGUCAUCCAAAUGGACAAACUGGGUGACCUUCUCGACUCCAAAGGAGGAAUAAAAGAUGUCAACUCCACGCUCAGCUUUGUCAACCAAAUGAAAGAUGCCUGCAAACUACCCUGUCGUUUCAUUUUUCUGUACAUCAUUGAAGCAACGAGUGAAGAUGUUUUAUUUGACUUUAUGAAAAGCGGCGGCUGGAGCGUCGUUUCACAUUGGUUGCAAGAUGCUAAAACUAAAGACAACAAAGCGCUUAUAAAUUGUUUACUAAACGUUUGUAAAAUUCUCCCUGUGUCCGUUGAACAGAUGAAGGAGAAUAAUUGCGCGAAAUUGAUAAAAAGUAUUAGUAAAGCAGAAAACAGUGAUCUAAAAGCACUGGCCAGGAGCAUUGUGGAUAAAUGGAAAAACGCAGUGAAGAGUGAAGGAAGUCAAGUAGAUAAGAAGAAAAAGAAACAUAAACAUCGAAAGAGAUCAAUCGACGAAACAAAAUCUGAUUCAAAAACUGAAGAAUCAUCUCCUGUUUCAAAAACAAUCAAACUUUCGCCAAAAGAAGGCGAAGUUGAAACAAAUAAAAAAAUAAAAACAGUUAAAGAACCAAAAUUAAAAUUAAGAGCCACAGGUUUAGAACAGGAAACGAAUUUACCGCAAAAGAAAAAGGGAUCGAAAGAUAAUCAUGUGGGAUUACCGAAAAUUUCUACAACCCUUCCUCCAUCGAAACGUGCAAGCAUGAUGGCACGGAGUAUUCAACCACCUGAAAAGAAAGCAAGAAAAGAAACAGGAGAUAUUCAGCAGGGUAAAAUCAAACUGAUUACCACACCACCGCCAAUGCCCGCUCAAGAAAGCUCUCUGUUUAUGGAUGCAAUUAUGACGGCAUCGUCGAAAAAUGCUCCUAAAAAGAAAAAAGUCAAGAAAACUCAAAAAUCAGCUACCUCUCCGUCCAAUUCGGCCUCCAGUCCUCCCUACACAACCGAAAGUGGUUCACCCCCCCCGGCUACAGCAGAAUCAAGUGAUAAAACAGACAAGAAUGAUAAAUCUCCGAUUAGAGAUAACGAUUACGCUCCAAAAGUUAACAGGAAACGAGUAACAUGGGCUGAAGAAUCCAACUUAAAAAAGUUCCAUUAUUUCGAAUUGGAUGAAACGGAAAGAGUUAAUGUGAAUAAAUUAAAAGACUUCGAAGAAGUAAAACGAGAAGAAAUGAUGCGUGAAAAACAGGCCAUGUUGGCAAAGAAAGCUGGUUUUGAUCUAGAUGAUGGUCUAACUAUUGUUCAUUUUUGGAACCCUUUACAAUCAAUCUCCAAUGAUGACUUACCAUCUUUUCCGAAAACCACAAAAAGUAAUGAAAUUAACGUUCAAAAGGAGAGAGAAGAAAAAGUUUUAGCCGCAAUAUAUUUUAACAAGUCAGCAAUACCUCCGAGUCCUCAUGAACCUGACCCUCAUCCAGAAACGAAAUGUCCUCCUCCAGUUAUAAUUCCGUUAAAUUCCAGUAAUGAAAUGCGGUUUGAACACCAAACCCAUAGGUCUUCUGAAAGCGGCAUGUUGCAGACAAGUGAUGGAAAACUGCAAUUACGUCCGGAUGUUUCAAACUUAUUAGCUUCAAUGGCAAACCAAGUUCAAAACGGUGGUCAAAUGCAAGUCGCUAAAGAUGCCAUACAAAAACUACCAUCACAUUUACGUUCACUGUUGGAACAACCACAAAUUCAAGGAGUUGUCGUUCAAACUGUAGGAGACGAUCCUAAAAAAAUUAUGGAAUUGCUAAACGACCCUAAUAAACUGCAGCAAAUAAUCGGAAACUAUCAAAUGAGACAAGUCAGGGGAGGCAAUAAUAGUGGUAAUGGUGGUGGUGGAGGAGGUGGAAUGGGUGGUAUGGGAGGUAUGGGAGGUAUGCCUAGACACAACCAUGGUGGAAACGGACAAUUCAGAGGACCUCCACGAGUAGUGUGCAAACACUUUAAGCAAGGUAAAUGCAAAUUCGGACCUAACUGUAAUUUUUUGCAUCCAGGCAUAAAUGGACCAAAGGUUUAG